CUGACAUCCUCAAAUCUCAGCCUCAACACAAAAGACAAAAUGCGUCAGUGCGAGGUGGAACUUUAAAUUACGUGGCUGCAGCUUUAUAAUAUGCCUCGUCCCUGCCCAUUAUUUUCGCCCUAUUAUUGCCUAUUUAGAACAAUGGACGAGCCUUCAACGGGGUGUAUUCGUGAUCGAACCUGAAGGCAAACAAGUGCCGAUAUUACUUUUACCUGAUACCAACGCAAUGGCUGAGAAAAGGAAACUUGGUCCUGCGGAUAAGCGUCGGCAGGUUAAGCGUUGCAGUGCGUGCUCUGCUCGUAAGAUUAAGUGCGAGGGCGGCUUCCCCUGCAAGUAUUGCAUCAAGACGGGAAAAUCAUGUUUGCCUCCAAAGCAAAGUACAGGCACAGUGCUGUUUGUGGAAGGGCAUACUUCCGGAGAGACCAAACUACAGACGGCGUUGAGUCGCCCCAAACUUAAUAUAGUGUCAGGCAUCCCAACCAACGGGGAUCCUGCAGAACGCUUUAUUGGCUGCUUCCUCCUAUUCAUCCAGCAAAAUCGGUUUACGGCAAGCUUUCAGAGCCUUGACACGGAGAUUUUGUACCUGGUUCGCACUUCCCCGCUCCUGUACCACUCCGCUGUUGCAAUCGGAGCCCUGGACGCCAGUCGCCGAGGCUCGAUCAGCGUGUCAAAGGGACGUGAAUCUCCACAGUAUGUGGCUUUCAGUUCGUACCGUGCUUCUAUUCGCGUCCUUCAGGCGAGUGUAUCGGAAAAGGAUGCUGCCCAGAGAGAUGAUGUGCUAUGGGGCACCUUCUUCCUCGGUCUCUUCGAGCUACUUACGGACCCAUCUGGUGAUGGAUGGGUCAAGCACAUACUCCAUGGUACAUCCAUGAUUCUCAGGUUGUCAAGCCCGGACAAGAACAUGUCCUCUCUGCGGCGAACCUUCUAUGGGAUAUUCCGCAUGCUUGAAGCUAGCAGAGCCCUCCUAUAUAAUGAGGCUACGAUACUGGCAGAAGACUCCUGGGUGAAUUUUCACAAGCAACUUGCACCUAACGAUGGGAUCUGGGACCCAAUCGAAGAGAUUCUGGCUCUCAUGAUCCGAUGUGCCACGUUUAAUCUCCGGGGCUAUGAAAUUGUCUCGCAGAUUCCCGAGUUACAACGGUACACUGAUCCGGCUGUUUCUGCUCUGGGUUUUGAGGGUCUUGCGAUACAAAAUGACUUGUAUGCGUGGCACGCCCAAGCAUUGUUGCUUCUGGGAGACACUACUAGCGACAGCUCUCCGCUUCUCCUCGCUCUCGCAUAUUAUAAUGCGCUUCUAAUCUUCCUCUCCGGCAACUUUGACUAUUUCCCUUAUUGGGCUCCUCCCAACGCGCCGAUUCUGCCUAAAUCCGAGGUAGCGGCACACGUGGCGGCAAUACUGCAGUUGACGGAUGCGGCGCUGAACACGUCAAGGCUUGCAGGGGCGCUGAUGUUUUUCCCGCUUCGAGUGGCAGGGUCGCGCGCUGGGGGGAAGGAACAGAGGGGUGCGAUUCUGGGCAUGCUUUCGAGGGUGGCUCAGAGGGGCUUUGUCGUUGCGGGGAAGAUUAGAGAUGAUCUGCAGGAAGUCUGGGUUGAGAGGGGGAUGAUUUCUGAUGGCGAAGACUGCACAUUGCAGAUAUCAUAGCAAUUAGAUGGUGGGUAAUUGUAAUAAUGAAGUCAACAUAAUCUAAGGCGGUCUUGGGGACCAUCGAAGUCACGGCCCCAGAUAUGUCGACUGGCCAUCUUGGCCAUCACCUGGUUCUUGUCGCUGUCAGCGUCAGGCAUCAUAUGAGAUUUGUAGAUCACAACAAUUCGGGUUAUUAUAAGUCUAGGUAUUACCGUGAAACAUGAAUAUUUGGG